AUGGAUUACUUUCGCUCAGUAAACGUCAACAACAUGGCAGAUUCAAUGAAAAAAUUUGGUGCCCAAACGGCAACCUUCUUCUCAAGAGCAAAGCAGGUUCGAAACUUCAUACCCUAAAGGCUAUCACUGUAAAGUCAGUUUUUUCACUAAAUCUUUCGUUCUUUAGUACACAGAGGAACAACUUGGCACGUCGGAGAAGACAAUAUUUGAUGCCCGAUUUGAGUCCCUAGUUGAGAAAGCAGAUCGUACUAAAUAUUGGACAGAACGCUUACUGCGGCAAACGGAGGCACUGCUUCAACCUAACCCAGGUUUGUCCCCUAAUUUAUUUCCUGACCGCGUUUUUAAUGUACAAAUUAAGAAUCAAGAUGGGCUGGAUUUCAAAUCUCUUCGAAAUCGUCUAUUUUCCAAGGAAAUCCUCCUCUAAUUUGCACAGUUUAUAUUCGUGGUAGAAAUUGCUGGCAUAUGAUGAAUAUAUUUAUGGCAUGAAAUCUUCAUGUGGGAAAGGCUAUUAGACUUAUUGAUACCGUUGUCUCUAAAUUUCGGUGGACUUCCCAGCUUUUAGUGACUUCCGUUUAUAUUAGUAAUAUAAUUUAAGUUGCUAGUGCCUUAACUUUUGAGAGAUUCGUAAAACGCAUUUUUAAAGUAAAUUUCAUUAACUUAGAAACUGCUAGAGUUAUGCUAAUACGCUAAUGUAUGUAUACAGGUAUUUAAUGUUUGAUUUAAAUCACGGAAAGAAACUUAAGUGCCAGCGCUUCCUUUGAAAUUUUUUUCUCCAAGUACAUUAAGUCGCUGUUUUUCCGACUUGAAGAAAGUGAAAGUAGAACAAGACGAUAGAUAUAUACAGCCAAUUCUGUCUAUCGUGCUUUGCUUACAAACGUUAUUUCGGGUAUAGGCGCAUUGUGGUUUAUUCAGCUUUAUUUGUCAAACAGAAUCCUAUGUUGUGCAAUAUAAACACUUUUUCUAGAUCUAUUUUUAUUAUCUUUUGCUUUUUUUAAGAAUAACUGAAUACAGUUUAGUUGUCAAAGCAGUUGUUAGCCAAACAGUAUUACAUUUUGCUUCUGAAAAACAAUUAUUGGAUUUUCCCUUUUGCACAUGAAGACCUAAACUGCAUUUAAAAAAUAUUACAUUGAAGUACUUGUUUUUCUUAGUUCAACAAUCAAAUCUUAAGAAAACUAUGGAAAGUAAAAAAAGUUGAGUCUGGUGAUGUGUUUGUUUCUCCUUUCAGUUGCUUAAUGUGUUUCCCCAGAGACAGAGACCACUUGAAAAAAUGAACAAAAUUUUCUCUGGAUGAAUGUCAUUCACAGAGUGAUAUUAUUUGCAUGCCCUAGAUAACCAUGGCUCUUCCUGAACAUUUGGUUUUGUCAACUGAGUUGAUUAAGUAACUUGACCACUGUAAGGAGUUUUGAUUGUGUAUCACUCUGACAAAGGGCCUAAAUGCUAGAAAAUGCUUUAAAAGUCUUUACUGUGGCCAAUUUACAUUAUAAACUCAGUUUAUAAAACCAAAUUAUGCUGUAAUACCCCCAUUGAUUCAUCACCAUAGUUUCUAAAGAAACUUAUCCCCCUCUUCUAAAACAGUCCAUUACAAAUACAAGAAUUAUUUAUGGUAUUCAUCUAAGUUGUGACUCUUGUUAGUAAGCACUGCUGACUCAACAUUUCUCUUGUAGGAAUGUAUAGAUAUUAUAAUGCGUUUCCCUAGUUCACAUUGUAGUUUCUUGGUUUUAAACUUACCAGCAAUAAAGCAAACUAUUUUCUAAACGUUAACAUUAUGCACCAGUUCUUGACUGGGUGUAACUCUUUUUCUGAAAUAAAUGUACUUUGAAGGUUUCAGAGCUGAAGAGUUUGUGUAUCAAAAGUUGGACAAACCUAAACCUCCUCGUCUGACAGAGAGUGAAGCAUUAGGCCAGUCUAUGAUUGAGGCUGGAAACGACUUUGGUCCUGGAACUAGCUAUGGUACGUUACAUGGCCUUUGGUGUUUUACUUAAAAAAAAAAAAAAAAAAAAAAGCAAACAAACAAAUAACCACAAAUUUGAGAUCAGUGCUGUAUUUUGGACAAAGAAACAUCUCUAUAUUGAAGGGCUAUCCCUUGAAACAUCAGCCUUAGAAACACUCUAAAUGUUGGCUAGUUCUCUUUUUCAACUUGGUUGGUCAAUUCAAAUCAUGAGAGAGACAUCCAAGUCCCACACGAUGAUUCAAAUUUAAGCAAAUUUACAUUUCUUUGUUGGAGGCUGAUUAACUAAACUACACAGAACUUGUUAGUUAGCUAGGCUGUAAAUACAGUACUCUGUAGGUUAUAUACUGCUUGGAUCCUCACUGUUGGAAGCAUACUGAAACAGAGUAAGAGAGAUAGGAAGUAAAGCAGAAAGAGUGAUGAGAGUUCAACUUAAAUCAUACAUGUAAACAAAAGAAGCUCACAAGAUUUUAUGAUUCUAUCAUGUUAGGUAGUGCAUUGGUGAAAUGUGGAGCAACAGAAAAAAAGCUUGGCCAGGCAGAGCGUGAUUUAAAAACCAAGUCCAUGUCCAAUUUUCUUCAUCAGCUGAAGACAUUUUUGGAAGGGGACAUGAAGACAAUUGCAGUAAGGAAGUGCAUUAGAUUUUAACCAAUAAGCCACAUGGAUGAUAAUUGUUUUGUUGGAUCUGCUCUGCUGAGUGUUGUGUACAUUUAGCUUUAAUAAAACACACCAAAACUGUUGAGAAAGUGCUCUACUUUGAGAUUCAAAUUACAAGAUGGUGCAUGUAUAUGUCUGCAAAUACAUUGUAUUUUAUGGUUCCUGACAUAAUUUUAUUAUUGAUUCUCUUCAGUUACACGUUCUAAAGUUUUUCUCUAAAUAGCUCUAAGUUUUGUUUUAUGUUACCCUCAUCACCAAGGACAGAAUUAAUUCUUAUACAUUCACCUUUUGAUUUUGUUUUGGCUCAUACAAAAUUAAGGGUGCCAUUUUUUUAUGUUAACUUUGCAGAAAGAGAAAAGAACCCUACUUGCCAAGAGAUUAGACCUGGAUGCUUGCAAAGCUAAAGUGAAAAAGGCCCAGAGUCCUGAGAAAAUACAACAAGUGAGUUCAACUCGCAGUGCAUGCGAGUUUAUUCUGGAGGUAGUAGGAUUUUUUUUCUACAUGUAUCUCACUGUAAACAUUUCUCUUGUAUUUCAUGUAAAUCAUCACUAUGCAAUGAUGAUACUGACAAAUUUGUUUUCUUCAAUCACAAAAAGAGCAACAAUCAUUGCCGUCCAUAAUGUCUUGAGUUCUUGUCUGAACAGGUCACAUUCAAAUGCUUGACUAAAGGUCUCUUUCUUCCUGAUGAUAAAGCAGAAAAGGUGACAUGUGUAUUCAUUCUUUUGGUCACGUUAUUCAUGCACUUGAAGCUUAUCUAUCACUCCACUUCUUUGAAGUAAUAUGUACACUGCAAGUGUCAGUAUUUUCCUGCAAUCUGAACUGUAACUCACCACAUUUUUACUCCUAAUAAUUUCUAAUUUUAUUUGAGACAUUUGAGGCUACAUUACUUUUUCUGUCAUAUUGCUGCUAAUUUUUAUUCCAUAUUAAACUGUAAAUGUAUGUACUAAAUGCACUUAUAUUUCAAAUCUAAUAUCUCUCAUUGCUAUUUGUGCACUUGUAUAUUAAAAGGUAAAUUAAUAGCAGUCAGUUGACUCUUUCAAACCAGCUGUUUGAGAUAUCAGUAAUACUGAUUAAAAGUAGGUGCCCCAUCAAGUACCACUGUGUACAAUAUCACUGUCACUUUAAAGUUAGAUUUAGGAAUAGGUGUUGAUUUUCUUGUUACUUGCAAUGAUUAAAGGAAUCGUUUAUCACUAGUCUAUGGUCAACAAAAUGAUAUAUAAUUACUUAUGAUAUAACAAUUGACACUAACAGUGCUACUUAUCAUUCAGGCUUGUCCAUUCUUGCCAUUGGAGUAAUGAAUCAUUGACUUACACAGUAGAUUAUGAAAGUUGCCCAAUAGGGAGUCUUGUAAAAUUUUACCUGAAAACACUUAAACCUUGAUUACAAUGUGAAUCCAGAUGUUGUCCAUUUUCACUGAAAGGAACCUUCAAACCUAAAACACAACUUUUAUUAACUAAGAAAAAAAAUCUUUCUCUAGUAUAAUAAUACAUUUCCACAAUUUUUGGAAUAUAUCAGGGUUGUAGUUUACAUUUCAGCACUUGUGCAGUGAUUUGUGUAUCAUAAUGCAUCCUAACUUGAGGUUAAAAACUAUUUUUAAAUCCUUAAAUGAAAAUUUUUGUGUAAAAUUGGGAAAAGAAUGAAAAAUUUUUUCUCAAUAGCUAGACUCCUCUAACAUUUAAUGAAUUUCAUUCUGCUUUAAACACUUCAAAUUAAAGCAUUUAUUUUUUUUCUUGAAUUUGUAAAUGUAAAUUAAAGCUAAAGUUAAUGUACUAAUGGAAAUCCUCAAGCUAGUUCUUUCCUUCUGUCUUCUUCCUCCUUUUAUGUCCGUCAUGACUCUUGCUUGACUCUAGAUGUAUUCUUCACGGAACAUGGUUGUAAUCACUGAGUUGGAUGAGGUGAGUCUCCCGCUUGUCAAGUACUGGGUGGCUAUUUGUCUCCAAAGGCUUUUGAAGUUUGUCAUCUCCCUAAUACUCUUGCUGCAUGAAUGGUCUUCUUGACGUUGAUGUGACAUCUUCAGAAUUUGCAUGAUUGGUUUAUGCAAAAUCUAUCAUAUUUUCCUUAGAGUGAUAGAACCCAACGUUACCCAACAGAACACAAACACUUUUCUUUGACCAGGUCAUUCUGCACUCAAUAGUGAAUGACCAGGGGCUUCUGUUUUAUGGACCCAUGUGGAUUGCAUCUUCAUGAAAAAGUAUUACCAUUUAAAGCGCUGAUUUUAUUAAUUAGCCAGAUGUUUGAAGAGCAGUUUAAUUCUUAUAAUAAAAUUUUACAAAUACAUGUAGCUCUGAAGUUUCUCAUACUGCAAAUGGCAUUGACCAUGGGAUCAAUGAUCAUGCUAAUGACACUGAGGUUUUAAUUCCAUGCUUCCAGUUGAGGUUGCACAACAUGACUGUCAGUUUUUUUUGGGCCACUGAUGAAAAUGAUGAAGGUAGCACAGUUGACUGGGGUGUGAAUAAAAAUCAAACCUUUUCUUUCCCAUUCCUUUUGUGUCUCUGGUGUUCUCAACUCUUACUACACUAUAGAGAGCCAACUACAGUGUACAUAAGCUACAAUAGUACUGGACAGGUACAUAAUUGUGUGGUUUUGUCCAACAAGAGAAAGAGAGAGAAAUCUGAAGCUGUCAGCCACUUGAGGCAGACAAGUAAAGAACCUCACUGAUGUAGUAGUCCUUUUUGUAGGCAGAGGCAGAUUUAAGAGUAUGUCAAGGAGAGUUUGACAGACAGUAUGAAGUGACAAAGUUACUGCUGGAUGGAAUCAGCACAGCUCAUGUAAGUAUUACCUUUAUUACUGUGCUAGAUUCAAUAAUUUUGUUGAAUGGUGCAUUUGUGUUUUGUAUCUGCCCAUGACUUUGCCAAAUAGCAAACUUCCCCCCGUUAUUCUCAGUUAAGUACAAGGGAGGGGGUUAGUUGAACUCAUACUUUACCUAACUUUGUUGCAUCUGUCUAAUUGUCUCAUAAUUCUUUUCUACCUAGCAGUAUAACAGAAUUCAAGUUUCAAGAUUUUUCAUUCACUAUGGAUUCAAUAACUUAGUGAACUGUUAAAUAUAGGAAGGAAUCACAUGAGAAACUUUGAGAAUUUUAGAUGAUGGACUCCCUCUGUGCUUUAUUAUUUGCAGUUUUACAAUGGAAUUACCACAAAAUUAUAAUUGGCAGAGUAGAAAAAGAACAGAGCUGAGGUUUCCUUAAAACAUUUACUGGAAACUGCCACUCAAAAUAACAGAUAGUAGCAGAUUUUUUAGGUGAAAUUCUGGAUAUAUUUUAGGCCAACCAUCACAGGGCACUGAUGAAUUUUGUUGAGGCUCAGGCACAGUAUUAUGCACAGUGCCAUGCAUACAUGACAGAGCUGCAGAAGCAACUGGCAAGGUACAAUAUGUUUUAGAAUUAAAAUGCUUUUAUGGAGGUAAGCCAUUAAAACAAAGUAUUUUCACAAAGUCUGGACACUUGUGUGACUAUUUCAACUGAAAAUAGUUUGCAUCAUAACAGGCUUAGAGGUGAAGAGUUUCAAAAUUCUUGGCAGUGAAUCUUUCAGUGGAUAGAAAAAUAGUCCAGCACAUCUCUUUAUUUGAUGCUGAGGUUAUUCCAAAGGUUCUUGUGUCUUGUUUGGUCAUUUGUCAUGAUGUUUGGUGAGCACUCAAUUACCAACACCGUUUGUUCUCUUUCUUUGCAAGCUUUUCUGCAAUUGCUAUGUUUGAAAAAAUUUUUUUUGAAAAUGUUAUCCAACCUUGCCGUUCUGUUGAAAAUCAAGCAAAUUCUGAUUUAAGGUUAUUGUCAUUGAAUGAAAGUAGAGAAUUGAUAGAAAAUCAGUGAAGAAUCUUUUACCUCCUGUGGAAAAGAAAAAGAAACGAAGAAACAGAAAAAGUAAAGGGUGAUACAAAGAGUUAAUAUAUCUCGCAAGAAAACACAAAGCCUGAUUUGAAAAUUUCUUUCAGUCCUCCAGGUGAUGCAGCUUUAUCUUUUGUUCCUCCCUCUGCACCUUCCUUUUCUGACACCUCUGGUGGGUUGGACCUGAACACUGUUCCUCGGCCAUCCCUAACCCAAAAGGCCAAAGUAUUGUAUGAUUAUGAUGCAGCAGACAAGAAUGAGCUCUCCUUGCUUGCUGAUGAGGUCAGUGAUAUGGCUUUAGCAUAACACUUUCACUCCCAAUUUCUAAAUGAUCAUUUAUUUGCAAAGCUACACAUGUCUUUUUCAUAACUUUUUCUCUGAAACUGUAUGAAAUACUGCAAAGAGAUUCCUUUUGGACAUUCCUGGAUGUAAAAGAAUAAACACUACUGAUGCUAUUGUUCUGGUACCAAAGACUCUUGGUGGGGCAGAUUUACUGUUGUUACUGAUCUUUCUAUUCAGAAUCUGUCAUUCAUUUUUCCUUAUUUCAACUUCCGUACUUGCCAUACGCUUUUCACAGCUUUUAGAUCUCAGGAAAGAGUAGUAAAUAAUUACCACACACGUUCUUUAAUCUGUCACUUAUUCAGAUCCAUUCAGUUGAGGAGAGUGAAAGAGGGUUAAAAGCUAUGUCUCUUUCAGCUUAGGAACCACAUCAGUGAAUUCAAAUAGUUUUCUUUUCUACUCUUCUUUCUACAUGUGACCCUCUUUUAUUUGAAUUCAUUUGUUCUGCCAAUGGAAUUUCGGUUGCCUUCCAGUCCUCAGAAAUUCCAACAGUAACACGUGGCAUGCAUUAGUCCACCCCACUUGUCUCUUUAUGUCUGUAUUUAAAUCAAGGAAGGAAAGAGAUGUUUUUAAGUUACUUACUUCUUCCUACUUCACCUCACUAGAUGUUAAAAAGAGCAAUGGGAAAAUUGACCUAUACGAAAACUUACCUGCAACGUUUGCCCCUAAGAUUUUGGUUCAGACUGUUUAUAUUUUUUUUCCUUUUGAUGAAUUAGGAGAUGAGAGGGUUUUUUUCAUGUACUGGUUCUGCAUGACAGUUGCAGGACAUUAGUAGCCAUAGGAAUAGUAGAUUAGCACAAGGACAAAAUGUAGUUAAACCUGCAAGACCCGUUUUGUUCGUUUGAUAUCCUGUCCUUGACCAUGAGGUGUGUUAAGGAAGAUCCAGUUACUGUAGUGAGGUUGACCAAGUGUUUAAUGUCUCUCGUUCCCAGGUGAUCACGGUUUACAGCGCACCUGGAUUGGACCCCGAUUGGAUGAUUGGCGAGAGGGGAAGUCAAAAAGGAAAAGUGCCACUAACAUAUCUAGAACUGUUUAGCUAAGUGUAAUUAGUAGGAAUGGUAGAAAGUGCGGUAGCUUUACAAACACGGAAUGAACAUGAUACUGGUCACCAAUAAAAUUCUUUCAGACAGGUUAGACUAGAUUUUGUAUGUUGAGUAGGGGUUAGGUUGGUUGAGUGAAUUUGAGGUGAUCAAAGAAAUCGAUAUUUUUUAAAAAAGAAGUUGUCAGUCAAUUGCCUGCUACUGCACAGCGUCCAGAUGGUGGUAUUAUUUGUUAUGUUGAUCAAGAGGCAUGGACAGAUACUAGCACUUAAGUAGGACGAUAUUUAACUUUCCAAAAAUCCACAGAAGAAUUUGUUUGAUUGUUGAAUGACAGUUCUUUGAGGACGAGGAAGAGAAAUUGUUGGCAAAUUUCGUCUGAAAAAAGCGACGAAGUAGAAACGCCUUUGAAUCGAAGAAUAAAUAAAAAAUUUAAAUUAAUUCCCAUUUACAUAAGUCAGUAGAAAAUAUGAUUAAACACUUUGGCUGCGACCAAGUUGCCUUCAGGGUCAGGAGGCAGAAAUUAUCUCGAGUCGGUUAUGGAGACAACGUCAAGUAUUCUGAAAGGGGCUGUUUAGGUUGAUUGGUAACAUUCAAGUGGUUCCCGAAAUGUCCAGGCAUUUAUAGUGCCUCACUACAGAUUUCUUAAGUUCAUCAGUGAAGUCUUAAAGCGGUGUAGGUUGCUCGUCCAUUUACAAUUGUUGUAUGUUGUGUUUUUGCAUUUGAAGCGUUUUCAAUUGAUUUUCUAGUGCAUUUGUCUAAAAAAAAGUAGAUUAUUUGGAAUUAGUCUCCUUGUAUUGAAAUUGUAUGCUUUUGUACUCUACUCAGGUAGCUCAACAUCAACAUUUUAAACUUCGUUUAAAAGGAAUUAAGGAACUCUAAGGCUCAAAACAAUAAACCAAACAAUUUAUUUAAUAAUGUAUUCCUAAUUUGUAUUAGCACUGAGGUGUUUUGUUCAACGCCUGAAUAUUAAAUAUCGUAGGAGGGAUAUUAUUUCGUUUAGGAAGGGACUUGUUACUUUUAAUAACACGGUAGCUUUUUUUUGUUCGUAGCUUAAUUUAUUACAUAUUUCAUGCUAACUGUUUUUCCCGUAGAAAAAAGCGAAACGUUGGUGGUAAUUACGGUAACGUUGAGCUCGAGAGGAUAUUAUCAACAGUUAUCCGGGAUUUAUUUGGUUCUUCUUCACUUUGCUUUGUGAUUGGUUCAGAAAACUCGCACCAACCUGUCAAUCAGUCAGAUGCAAACUAAAACCAAUCACGGCUCAUUCAGCCGCGUUUACCACGCUCGUCAAGCAGUUUACUGGUUUUUAUCUUGAGUGCAUAUUGGCUUUUGAGAUAUUUUCCUUUCUCCUGAUUAGGCUUAGUGAUUAAUUUGGUUUUGGUUUUUGCUACACUUAAUUGAAAACCGCUGUUACUUAUAGAGCUGUAGUUGAGUUGAUGUACUUUUGUCUGGGCACUUAAAACAUAGACGGGUGUCUUGUCCAUCACUGGAAACACUUCGCACGCAUUUUGGGACAGAACGUGUCUCAAGAAAGGUUAAAGCGUUAUAAGGGCGUAUUCAGCCUGCAGUUAUGGAAUUUCCCUAUAUGAUGUUAUUAGCUGAAGGGAGAGAAACUAACUAACGGAAUAAUCGAAUAUAAGUCUGAAAUUGACUCCUUUGUUUUCGGAGAAAUAAAAGGA